AAGGCGUUUUAUCUCCCAGCGCUGCUCUCUAGACUUUUUAGAAGACAUAGUGGAAUAUGCCAGUGUACGAAGAACCAAGCACAUAUCUGGAUCUCCAAGACACAAAAGUUUGAAGAAGAUGCACUUCAUCAAGAACAUGAGGCAGUAUGACACCAAGAACAGCAGGAUAGUGUUAAUUUGUGCUAAACGAACACUGUGUGUGGCUUUUUCUAUCCUACCUUACGGGGAGAGUUUACGGAUCAGUGAUCUAAAAAUGGAAGGACAGAAGCAGCGACAUCCUUCUGGGGGAGUUUCAGUCUCCACUGAGAUGGUGCUUGGACUGGAAGGAGUAGAGCUGGGUGCUGAUGGCAAGGUUGUGUCCUAUGCAAAAUUCUUGUACCCGACCAAUGCCCUAGUUGUUCGCAAAGCUGACAGCCAUAGCGCUGUUCCCUUGUGUCGAGCUAGUGCUUCACGGAGUCUUCCUCCAUCAAGAUACAAACCUGUGACAGUAAAAACCAUCCCAGCAGGAACAGACAUUGGAAGUGAAGCUGGGGAAGCCGCAGAGUAUGAUCCAAAUAUUCUGGAUGAUCCCCAAUGGCCCUGUGGAAAACAUAAACGUGUUCUCAUUUUUGCCUCUUACAUGACUACAGUCAUAGAAUAUGUGAAACCCUCGGACCUUAAAAAGGAUAUGAAUGAAACCUUUAGAGAGAAGUUUCCUCAUAUCAAGUUGACACUGAGCAAAAUUAGGAGUUUAAAGAGAGAGAUGCGGAACCUGAGUGAGGAGUGCAAUCUGGAGCCGGUGACUGUCUCCAUGGCUUAUGUUUACUUUGAGAAGCUCGUCCUCCAAGGCAAACUCAACAAACAGAACCGCAAACUGUGUGCUGGUGCUUGCGUUCUGCUUGCAGCCAAGAUCAGCAGUGAUCUCAGGAAACACGAAGUUAAACACCUUAUAGAUAAACUAGAGGAGAGAUUCAGAUUCAACAGAAGAGAUCUGAUUGGUUUUGAAUUCACCGUCCUUGUAGCUUUGGAACUGGCUCUCUAUCUUCCUGAAAACCAAGUUUUACCUCAUUACAGACGGCUCACCCAACAGUCUUAACCAAAGCUGCGUUCCAGCUGGCAGCCGGUGGCACUGGGCUCGCAUCACUGAAUGCUGCUGGUGGAAUUGCCACUGGCCUUUGUGCCGCUGUGCGCAUCCUGCCAUGGCUACAGCUCGUUUUGGAGUCUGCGGUGUGUUGUUAAACUGUCAAGGUGUGCGUUAUGGACACGUAUGCCAAGUCUGGGGGAUGGUACAAGAAGAGUUAUUGAACUUUUCUUUUGAACAUUUGAAGCACAAAUAUUCACCAGUCAGCUGUCAUGGCUGCUUAUUAUUCCUUAUUUAUCUUCUCGGUUUUGCUAAAACUGUUCUUCCCUAUGAAGAAUACUAUGGUAUUGUUUCUUUUUUUUUUUUAAGGCUUCAUUGUAUUCCUUGAAACUAAAGGAAGCAUCACUUCCAUUCCAGUGCACC